AUGUACAUCACUCUCUACUUCAUCGUCACCCGCCUCCCUGACUCUCUUCGCGCAGUCAGGGACAACCUUUUCGCCCUUGACCCCACAGACCUCACUGUCGACCUGCCAGAGGAGCGCCUCCUUGCAGCUGAGACUAGCAUAGUCGCUGUAGGUGCUGCUCGUGGCACUCCUUGCACGCCCUCCUUUGAGGGGUGCCCCCCCUCCCCCCUUGCCCCCUCUGUUGCUUCUGCUGCUGCUACUGUUGACUUCUUUGGUGCUGAGGAGGUCGGCGCUGCUUCUGCUCCUAGUGGGAAGCACCGUAGCGGCAAGAGCAAGGGAGGCAAGAGUGGUGGAGGUGGCAGCGGAGGGGAUGGUGGUGGAGGCAGUGGAGGCGGUGGAGGUGGCGGAGGUGGCGGUGGGAGUGCUGGCAGGAGUGGGGGCGUCGGUGGCGUCGGUGGCGGUAGUGGUGGGAGUGGUGGUGGUGGUCGUGGCAGCAGUGGGAGUGGUGGCGGCGGCGGUGGCGGCAGUGGGAGUGGUGGCGGCGGCAGUGGUGGUGGUCGGGCUGGAGCCCGUGGGGUGUCCGGGGGUAGUGUUCGCUGCCUGUACGUCAUUCGCACAGGUGACCGCGCUGGUCAGACAUGCGGGAAGUUCCAUACACAGCACCGCUGCUUCUCCCGCCUCGACGACGCUUUGCGCGCAGAGUUUGGCGACGAGGCAGAGCUUCCCCGCUGGGCGGAGCUGCUUAGGUCUGGUGUUGAUAUCUUUGCUCUUGACUAUGACGCUAUCCUUGGUGCCAUGUAUGCUUUGACUGUUAGUGCUGAGGGUGACUGUUACCUGUGUGUGCCGCCUGACCCAGGUAUAGAGGCUGCUGCUUUUGGUGCUAGUAAGUCUGCACUCUCUGGUACUGCGCCUGCUGAGGCCAUGCACCCCUUCACGCUUGACUCAGGUGCUUCCCGCUGUUUCUUUCGCGACAGUACCACAGUCACACCACUCCCUGCACCUGUUGCAGUCUCUCUGGCUGACCCCUCUGGGGGCCCGGUUCUUGCACGUUCCUCCACUAUCCGCGAGCGGUUCCACACGGACCUUCCUGUCCUGCGUCUGCACUUUGACAGAGGUGGUGAGUUUUUCUGUGACCUCUUGCAGGACUUUUGUCGUGGGGAGUGCAUCCGCCAGUCGUUCACGCUUCCGGCCUCUCUGCAGCAAAAUUGGAUUGCAGAGCACUGCAUUGGCUUAGUCAUGGAGGUGGCUCGUACCUCCAUGAUCCAUGCGGCUGCUCCCCAUUUUCUGUGGCCGUUUGUGGUCCGGUACGCUGCGCAUCAGCUCAACCUCUGGCCACAUGUAUCCUUGCCGGAGACCUCGCCUACACUACGUUGGACGGGGGAGGUUGGCGAUGCGUCGCGGUUCCGGGUCUGGGGCUCUCGUGCCUUUGUCCGCGAUACCUCCGCGGACAAGCUCUCCUCCCGCACCAUUCCCUGUGUCUUCCUUGGCUUCCCCCUACGCGCUUGUCUGGCAGUUUUACCACCCCACCUCGCGCCGUGUUCUGCUCUCGCAGAACGUCACGGGGUGCUGAGCCUGGGGGAGCUGCGUCUGCUGGAGGUCCUCCGGAUGCCUCACCGCAGCGGUCUAGCCAGCGUGAGCCUCUCUCACCACAGCGGCUGCGCGAGUGGUUUGCUUAGCGUGCCCGCCUUUGGAGUCGCGCUGCUGGAGCUGGAGGCACUGGAGCUAGAGGCACUGGAGUUGCCGGCGCUGGAGCUGGAGGUACUGGAGCUGGAGGCACUGGAGCUGGAGGCGCUGGUGCUGGAGGCACUGGAGCUGGAGGCGCUGGAGCUGCAGGCACUGGAGCUGGAGGCGCUGGAGCUGGAGGCGCUGGAGCUGGAGGUGAUGCAGCUGGCGGCGCUGGAGCUGGAGGCGCCGGAGCUGGAGGCGCUGGAGCUGGAGGUGCUGGAGCUGGAGGCGUUGGAGCUGGAGGCGCUGGAGCUGGAGGUGCUGGAGCUGGAGGUGCUGGAGCUGGGGGGCCUGUGCAGCAGCGACCGUUUUUCUUGCCGCCGCCGCAGCUGUCCGAGCUCCCGCCCGAGUCGGUGCUCUACUGAGAAGCCAGCCUCCCUUACAGAGCGUCGUGAGCCUGCGUCUCGUCCUGCCUCCCCUGUUCGCACUAUUGGCCGUGCUCGUCAUGUCCCGCGUCCGCUUCCUCGUCCUGUGCCAGGUAACCACACUAUGGCACUUCGUCCUUCCUCUGUUCCGCAGCGUGUCCCCCUGCUGCCUCCUCCUGUUUCCUCUCUUCCUAACGUUCCGGACCCUGAGUCUGACCUGGUUCGUGCUGCCAGCCCCACUGUCACGCGUCUCCUGGCCACUGUCAUCACUGACCCGUCGUUUGACUCAACUUCUGCGUCUGCCUUAGUUGCUGAGCUUGUGGACUUUGCUGCUGCGUGUCGUCUAGACUACGCCGCUAGUCUUGUUGCUGAGUCUGAGUCUGUCUGUCCUCCGUCUGUCGGGGGUGAGUGUGCUCUUGGCACGGACGUCCUUGAGGACAGGUAG